AUGACCGUGGUGGACCGCUCCUUUUGCGUGAACAGCUGUUCUAAUCGUGGACUCUGCAUCAAAUCGGAUUUUGGUUUUACUUGCUUAUGCGAUGACGAAGAAGAUGACUGCGAGGGGGUUGUACCCACAUCUACGCUAUCUGUACUGGACACUCGACAAGAUUUCUGGAUCCUUAUCAUUACCGGUGUUAUCGUCGUCGUGGGGUGUUUUUGCCUGAUGAUGAGAUUAAUUGCGUGUCGACGACGUCAUCGUUCAAAGACCCCUGAAUUGAGGAGUCACAUUCCGCUGGAAUCGCCUGCUCUGGAAGUGCCAUUGCAUUUUGAGGAACCCAUGGAAGAGAUUCCUCUAGAUUGA